GGAAAACAGAGAAAGGGAGGGAGGCAGGACCAAGGGGGAGAGAGGGAAAAUUCACAGAGAGAGAGAGAGAGAGAGAGAGAGAGAGAGGGAUUGGCAAAAGGAAGAGAAACUGCUAGAUUUUCGAAGACAAGAAUAAAGAGACAGUUGGUCCAAAGGUUCCCAGUGCCACUAGAGGGAUGACGGGGCUGGCAGACGGCGCAGUGAUGAUGAUGGUGCCUGACGGACACGGAGGAUCGUAGGAGCGGCGCGGACUUGCUCCGGAAUUACAGUUCAGCCGAAGCGCUCCGGCGUCUUGGAAGCGGCGGUUCGCUUUGGAGCCGCCAGAUCCGGCUCGGAGAAGCGAGGGAGAAAAGGCUUAGAGCUCCGGGGCUGAGGAGGACAGGAGCGCAACGGGGCCGUUUUAAAAAGGCUGUCAGGAAGACGAGGAGGUGAUCGGAGGAUAGCAGUGCAGAGAAACCGCUACCACUCAGCAUCACGCCUCCUCUUCCUUUUUAGAAGGAGUGUGGGGUAGGCCUUAGAGGAGAAGCACAGGGAGGGAGCAACCGGGCAGGCGGGCGGCAUGGCCCCCGACGGCGUGGCGGAGCUCCGCGACUGGCUCUUCUUACUGCUGCUCUGCCUGACGCUGCUGGCCGAAGUGCUGGAGCUGGCAGCGGCAGCGGCGGAGGCGGCGCAGGAGGCAGAGCGAGAGGCGGAUGUGGCGUGUCCCGCCGUGUGCCGCUGCGACGAGGGCUUCAUCUAUUGCAACGACCGUGGCCUGAGCAUCAUCCCGCCGCUGCCCUUCUCAGCAGCUGUGCUCUACCUCCAGAACAACCGCAUCGACAACAGCGGCCUGCCCACCUCGCUGGAACACCGUGUGGCUGUGCGUGUCGUCUACCUGUACGACAAUGAACUGGAUGACUUCCCCAUGCACCUGCCGCCAUCGCUGCGUGAGCUGCACCUGCAGGACAACAACAUCCGCACGCUGCCACGCUCGGCACUGGCACGGCUGCCGCUGCUGGAGAAGCUUCACCUGGACGACAACUCCAUAUCAACGGUGAGCAUUGAGGAGCAGGCCUUCGCCGACAACCCGCGACUCCGCCUGCUCUUCCUGUCACGUAACCACCUGUCCAGUAUCCCCUCCGGCUUGCCAUCCUCUCUGGAGGAGCUCAGGCUGGACGACAACCGCAUCUCCACCAUCCCAACGCACGCCUUCCGGGGGCUCUCCUCACUACGCCGCCUCGUGCUGGAUGGCAACCUACUAGCCAACCAGCGGAUCGCCGACGAUACCUUCUCGCGCCUCUCCAACCUGACCGAGCUCUCACUGGUGCGCAACUCCCUGCAGACACCACCGCUGAACCUGCCCAGCGCGCAUCUGCAGCGCCUCUACCUGCAGGACAAUGCUCUCACCCACAUGCCUAGGGGCUCCCUGGACGGCAUGCGCCGGCUACAGCGGCUUGAUCUGUCAGGCAACAAUCUGACCACUCUGCCGCGGGGCCUCUUCCGUGACCUGGAUGGCCUGACGCAGCUGCUGGCGCGCGGCAACCCAUGGCACUGCGGCUGCAACCUACGCUGGCUGCACGACUGGCUGCACGCCCGGGGCUCCUCGGUCACAGUGCGGGGCCUCACUUGCCAGGGCCCCGACAGGGUGCGGGGCAUGGCCCUCAGGGACCUCAAUGUCCACAUGGAGGACUGCGAGGCCGUGGGUGGAGGCCUCGGAGGCUCGGGGGGAGCCGGGGGUGGGGGGAGAGUCGGAAGCCCACCUGUCACGCCAUCCUCCACUACCAUGCCCCUGCCCCAGGGCUCCCUCUUCACGCUGCGCUCCAAGCGCCCAGGGUUGCGGCUCCCGGACUCCCGCCUAGACUACCCCAUGGGCGGCAAUGGUGCUGGCAAGACUCUGCUGCUCAAAGUGAAGCCACUGACGCCCGACACCAUCCACAUCACCUGGCUGGCCACGCACCCCGCCCCCUCCUUCCGGCUCAGCUGGCUGCGCCUGGGCAACAGCCCGGCCGUGGGCUCUAUAACGGAGACGCUGGUGCCAGGCGACCGGCGCGAGUACUUGCUUAGCGCCCUGCAGCCCCAGUCCACCUACAUAAUCUGUAUGGUGCCGUUGGCUGUGAGCUCUGGCAAGGGCACCAUUGCAGCAAACACAGACUCCGACGAGACCCCAGUGUGCGCCAAGACAGAGACCUCGGACAUUGCGGAGCCCGGCUCCGACCCUGACGGGGAGCGCAGCUCUGAACGGCUCGCUGCUCUCCCUUUGGCAGGGAUCAUCGGGGGGGCCACCGCUCUGGUGUCACUGGCCCUCAUCUUUGGCAUAUUCUGUUGGUAUGGACACCGGGCCGGCUACCUCUCCACUCGCGAGCAGGCCACCUACAGCCGCGGUGGUGCCUCGCGUGCUGGCAAGCACUAUGACGACUAUGUUGAGUCGGGCACUAAGAAGGACACCUCCAUCCUGGAGAUCCGGGGGCCGGGCUUCCAGAUGAUGCCCAUGGAUGCCCAGCAACCGCUGCGGCCUAAGCCCCGGGAGGACUACAUAAUCCACACCAUCUUCCCUUCCAAUGGCACCAGCCUUUACAAGAGCAGCCACCAGGACGUGGCAAAUGCUGGGUACGGCACCAACCGGGGUUACAGGGAAGGGGGCAUCCCCGACAUAGACUACUCCUACACGUGAUAGCGCCCCCUGCAGGCCCUCGGCCCUCUCUCCAAAGCGCUCCCUUGUGCCUCAUGAGUUCCAUUCCAACCGACCUUUACUUUAACAAACCGAGCCUUCGAAAUGCUAUUUUGAAACCCAGAAUUUUAUGAUUAAAAAAGAAAAAAAAAAGUUUAUCAAAGAGAAAGUAAAAGUUUCAGCAAAUGAUAUAACUUUUAGAGCACUGGUACUUAAAUAUACCUCUUGUUAUUUUUUGUUUGUGCUGUAUUUCUUUUUAAAAUGGACUGAAAUAGGGCAAAGUGGGUCAACACUGAUUGGAAUGGAAAAGUGGGAUAUAAAGGGGCUGGGUGUGUACAGAAAUGUGUGUAGGGUUAGUCACUGCUUUCCCGUAAGCUUCUCCUCUACUUCUUCCAUUUCUGUCGUAGGCUUAGUCCAUGGGAGGAGCUGACAGUGCUGGUGACAAUGUGACAAUGCAGGGAGACCUGAAUCGCAAUGGAUUUCGGUUAAAUUAAUUUAUUUUUAAAGAAGGAAAGUGUUGGGGAGGGUGAUGUAUUCACACUUCCCAAAAAUGAGGCCUGUUCGUCAAGCAUCCCGACACAAAUAAAAGACAGAAAUGUCGCUGCAAUUCCUCAAUUCUGACAUUUCAAAAUGUAAAAAUCAAGUCUUUAAAAGGAAGCAUUUUUUUCCAAAACCUAAUUGCUGUAAUAAUACUUGACCAGUAUGUGCCAAGCCAAGCGGCCCCGCUUUCUGCAGAGUGCCGGUUCAGAUGGUGUCAGAACAUGCCUCAACACAUUGUCAGUUAUUUUUUUUUCACAAAGAAAAUCAACAGUGACAAUCGCAAAAAUUCCUUGCUCCCGUGUCGUGCGAAUGAAGCACUCCACACACCGAAGAGACGGCAGGCGAGGUCAAAUAGAAAUUCAUGACCCGCCUCUAAGAGUACAGAUAAACUGAUAAAGGAUGCUUCCAAAAGUUUUUAAAAAGUGGCUGCAGAAAAUGGACACUGGGCGGCCCGGACGGUCAUACACUGUCAGACUUUAAUGGCUGGAUAGAGUGGUGGUUAGAGCUGGGGGGUGGGGGGGCUCCAUGGAAUUCAGGGAUACUCAUAACCGCAACACUGUGGACCUUCUCACUGGGCGAGUGGUGAGACUAGCAGGUGGUUCUCUCUCCUAAGCUUUCUUUUUCACCGCCAUUGGGUUUGAAGGCUUAAAACAGCCCACUUUCUAUUUAACUGGUGCAGCACUUAAAAGCAGCAGACAGGGAGAAUGACAAAAGGGCCUGAAAAACAAAGGGAUACACUGGGUAAGAGGAGCCUAACAAUAAGGAUCAUCAAACGGCAGCGAUCACGCAGGACCUUGGCUGUCUAUGUACGUUUGCCCAAUCGUUCUAUUUAGCUGAAGAGUGCUCCAGUUGCCUGUCAUGGAAGACUAUUACUGUACUCUUGUGAAAAGAUGGCUUCGGAUUUUACAGUUGAAUUAAACACUAGACACAUAUAAAGAAUACAUGUUUUAUACUAUACUGACACACCAGUAUGCGAAUCCAUCCAUCCAUGCUCCCUUUCAAUUUACCUAGUGCAGGGUCAUUGCACUGCAUGUAUAACGUUACACAUUCUAGGCCAGGGAACAAACAUCCCCCCUUUUAAAAUCUCAUUAGCGCCGAGCUGAACUGCAGUGGUUGCGGUGACGUGUAAUGUAGACUUAAAAGUAGGUAAAACUUUCCCCCAGUGCGGUGCACAGGUGAGCGUGUGUAUGGUUAUUACGGUAAUCCAUCUAAAUCAGGGAUCUCCCUCUAAAACGUAAUCCUUAGAAGUCAAAGCCGAAAUCCGUGUCACCUUUAUCCAAAGCAGGGGUUUGCUUUAACAAGAAUGUUUCAACGAACGAAAGGGUGUUUCCAUUUUGGGCUGGAAUUCCCCCUCCGCGUGGUCAGAUAUCUCCGGAGCAUACUGCCAGUUUGAAUCCUCUACCUUCGUUUCAUGCACCUUCACUGUUUCAGUUGUGGCGUGUCAUACUGUUUAUUUUUGGCUAUACCUUCCUGCAUGUCCAUGUGUCUGUCCACCUGUGGCCCAUCCAUACAGUCAUCUCAGACCCCCCAGAAGCUACUAGGUGUGCUAGUGAAAUGCCGAAGACCACCCCUCCCCCCAUACGUACUCCUGCAAAUGCUAAUGGUGGUUUAUGCUUUUCAAUUUGCCUCCACAACAAAAACCUAUAAAGCUGAAAGAGAUAAAUGCAGGGCGGACGCCAGAUGGUUGCUGUUUCGUUUUAAUGGCGCCCCAUUCUGCCAGUUAAGACGUCGCCAGCUAAUUACAGCUAAGGGGAGGUGGCAGGUAGCCGCAAGGUUAAGAAGCGACCGGCGGUGUGUUUGUGGGGGUGUGUGUGUGUUAGCACACCUUUUCUCACGGGUAAGCAGUGUGGACUGAUGGCCUAGAGACACUGCGGGCAAUACUGCUGAACAAACAGGAAGCGGUCACAGCUGGGAAACUUCCAGAACAUGCCGCAUGGUUCCUUCACCCGCCUGUCCUCUCUAGUGUGCUGGGGGGGGGGGGGGGGGGGGGGGG